AUGAAGAGAGCAGCAAAGAAAACUAAGGGUAGUACCGCUCUUAAGAAAGUCAAAAGUUCUUUAGACAAGAGAGAUAAUGAUAUUGAUCUAGAAGAGGAUUCAGAUGAAUACUCAGAUGAAGAAGAUUAUCCAGUACCAAAGAAAGAAUUAAAGAGACGUCAACCUCUUAUUGUACCCACCUUACCUACCUACCAACCUCUAGUCCCUGCUAAAGAGAAUAAAAGUUUAAUGGAUAAUUGGAUUCAGGAUUCAAAGCAAGAUUUCGAAAGCUAUAAGGUUUUUGCCCAACCAAAACACAUAGGAACCCCAUUAGUUAUUGAUUGCCCAAGAGCUGUGUUAGUGCUCUACCCAGAAAUAACACAAAAAGAUAAGUCAUUAGUGGAACCAGUUAGCUUCAAUAUUCUGUCGUCUAACAUUCUAGUGAUAAGAUGGCAACAAAUGCCAAUGGAGAACUUACAACAUAUAAUUAAUAUUAACUCCAAUGCACUUGACAUUAAAAAUACUAUUUAUGAAGAAAAAGUGAGUCCUGGAAAUCCACAACAAGCAAUCAUGGCGAUGAUGGCUCAGUUUCUCCCACAAUUAACCGGUCAAGCUGUACCACAGCAACCUCUUCAACAACCUCCUCAACAACCUCCUCAACAACCUCCUCAACAUAUAGAUGAUCAAGAAGAAGAGGAAGAGGAGGAAGAGGAGGAAGAGGAGGAAGAAGAUCCACCUCGAGGCGGAGGUAGAAGUACACUUGCAAGUUUUGAUUAA